UCUAGUAUCGUGAGGAGGAAGCUACUUUGACAAAAUGGCAGAAGAAGCUCCAGCUCCAGCACCGGCCAAAGCCGCAAAAAAGAAGGCCACCAAACCCAAGAAGAGCGGCCCCAGCGUGCGCGAGCUGAUCGUUAAAGCCGUAUCCGAGUCCAAGGAGCGGACCGGCGUGUCCAUUGUCGCCCUGAAGAAGGCUCUGGCUGCCGGAGGCUACGACGUAGAGAAGAACAAUUCUCGGGUCAAGAUCGCUAUCAAGAACCUGGUCAGUAAAGAAAUCCUGAUCCAGACCAAGGGAACCGGCGCGUCCGGCUCCUUCAAGAUCAACAAGAAGACCGACACCAAGCCCAAGAAGACAGCGGCCAAGAAGCCAGCUCCCGCAGCCAAGAAGCCCGCAGCCGCUAAGAAGCCCAAAGCAGCGGCAGCAAAGAAGCCGGCGGCCGCUAAGAAGUCCCCGAAGAAGGCGAAGAAGCCCGCAGCGGCCAAGAAGGCGGCCAAGAGCCCGAAGAAGACGGCAAAGAGCCCGAAGAAGACGGCAAAGAGCCCCAAGAAGGCAGCAAAAAGCCCCAAGAAGGUGGUGAAGAAGGCCGCUGCUGCCAAGAAGGCUCCGGCCAAGAAGGCAGCGAAGCCCAAAGCCAAGAAGACCGCGGCCAAGAAGAAGUGAGCGGCUCGGUCCACAACUGUUCUGACACAAAGGCUCUUUUCAGAGCCAACACUUCAACUGGAGAGCAAAUCCUGUUCAACAGCGGGAAGACGCAGUAAAGCAGAGUGUGUUGUGACUUU